AUGUUGGCUUCAGCUGUGACUAAUUGUGGCUACGUAUUACUUCAACUUUUACUACUGGCGCCUAGUGCUCUACAGAGUAAUUCUAUAAGCUUGCAACCAGAAUUACCUCCUCCCCCAAAAUAUCUCAAUAAUCUUAUUGAAGAUGUGAUCAAGGAGAGACCUGCUGAAACUUUGUUGCUUUUGAAACGUCAACUGGAUGUGAAUUGCUCCAUGGAGGAACUCAAUGCCAUUGAAGUACCAAUAAUUCGCCUGGAUGAAUUUGUAAUGAUAAUGAGUAUAUAUAGUAUUAUCAUGACCUGUUUGUUUAAUGCUAACCUAAGUACACUAUUAACAAUGCCUUUGGAGAAAGAUUAUAUUUCAAAUUUGGAAGAGCUUCGGGAAAGCGGUUUACCAAUACUAUUUGAUAAUAUAUUUGAUAUAGCUGUAAAAAAUGAUAUAAGAAGAGGAUUCGUAAAUUUAUCUUUGGAUCAAACAUUUUUUAUAGAUAACGAUGAACGGUUGCAAAUGAUACAGGCUAGGAAUUUACAAAAUGUUUAUUUCAUGAAUAAUGAAGCUUGGAGUACUUUCGACAAAUUACUAACGAAUGACAAAAGCCAUGUAUUUUGUAGUCCUUCUGCUCUGCAUUUUUAUAAGGACAUGUCACUACACGGUGUGUUAGGGUACAAUUCCAUUUAUCUAAAUGCCUUAAACCAUUUUAUACUAAGGGUUCAAGAAAAUGGCAUGAAACAGCAUUGGGUCUCAGAAAGCUAUGAGAAAAUGUUGAAAUAUAUGAAUCAUUCUCAAAAGAUUUUUUAUCCGAAUCCCUUGACUUAUAGAGAUUUACAAUGGGUUUGGGAAUUAUUGGGAAUAUGUUAUGCCGUAUCUAUUUUAGUAUUCAUAGGAGAACUGUGCAUGAAAUAUUGGCAAAGAAGACAUAGAGAAAGGCAUGUUAUUAUUGUUUAAUGAAAGAAAGAGCCUUUUCAAUUAAAUAUUUUUUAAAUUUUGAAUGUAACACGUUUCACUCUGU